AAGCUAGUCGCGGAUGUUAAAAAAAAAACAAACAAAAAAAACCAGAUCAAAUUUAGCGACAGCGCAACGUUACGAUUGUUUUAUCUAAAGUAGUGUCAGUUAUAUUUAUAUAACGUAAGGUAAAUAAUUUUAAAGUAUAGAGAUUAGAAGAAAUUAAUGUAAUAGCGUUAGCUCGAAGGGUGCUGCUUCCUCAGUCACACUUCAGGUUAAGUCAGCUUUGGGUUUGUGUGUCUUUUAAUGUCAUUUAUGAAACUAGAGAAAACUGAAAUAAAUUUGUUCAAAAAGACUAGCCUGGUAUGUUUUCAAAAUCCUGGUAGCUGUGUGCAAACCAGUAUAUUGAGUUUGUUGAGCCUGUCCCAGGGUCUGGAAUGUUUUUGUUGAGAGCCAAGGAAUAUGUUUGGAGGUUGUGGGUUUUUCCCCUUUAGGUCUAAUGUGACCUUCGCACCUGGUGACCAAUCUGAGCCAGUUGUCCUGUUCCUGUUUUGGAUAUGUGACUCACUGGUGCACUGAGAGUCAUUUAAUUAUAGACAUUACAACGUGCCUGAGGGAGAGUGAUGAGAGAGAGGAACAGGGGAGAGAAUGAGAUAGGAGGGGAUAGUUUAAUACUCGUCCAGUAUAUCAUGCUCAUAUGCUAUAAGUAACAGGGACUGAUUUGUUCUCUCCACACAGGCCAUGGGACAGAAACAGGACAAAGUCCUGGUAACAAACACAGCUUUUGCUAACACAGAGGAUUACAAACAAGGAAGAGGAAGAAGUUUAAUUUAAGAAACCUGUACAGGACAGUGGCGAAUGUGCUCAAAUCCGUCCAAAACUGACCAGGCAUAUAUACAAGCACAGCACUGGAUGGCUUUUCUGUUCAAGAACAAAUGACAUCUUCUGCUGAUGACAACGGUAAGCCUUCACCCAAACAAAGUGUAAAUGCGGUCAUUGACAGAGGACUAGAAUGUAUUUGGUAAUGUCUGGAAAGCAGAUACACAACUGAUCCCAGUACGAGGUCUGUGCAGCUUGGAGUCAGGAACACACUCAAAGGGCACUUAUGUACUAAAGUGCUGCACAACAUUUAGCACAAUGGAAAGGCAAGAGACCGACAGUGCAACAUUAAUGACCAACAUAAGUCUGUCUAAUUUCAUAGAUACUCCCAACAUGUCAGAAAAUCUAUACACUUCAAGAGAGAAUGACUGUACACUUCUUGAGACCAAUAACAUCUCAUCAACAUCUCACAGACAGAGCAGUAAUAUAAACAAGGAUGAAGACAAUAUGAAUGACACGGAGAAAAGAAAGAGGGAUGUGUCUCUACCUAUAACAGUCUUGGAUGUGUCAGAAAACCAAGACUGCAGUUUAAACAAAGAAAUUAAAGUAGCCCCUGAUAGAGACCUGUAUCAGGAAAGCAAUCGCUCUCCACUGCAAAAGUUAUCAAGUAACUGUAGCAUAGAGUCACAAGUUGGAACAGGAGAGGCACCCAAGAAAAGAAGACUUGAGUCAAAUAAAGAAGUGAAUAAUGCCAACAAAGAUAAUGUUGGUGAGAGAGAGAUAAUGACAGCUUCCUUGGUACAAGAAAAAGACCCUUCCUAUUUCACUGCUGUCUUUACACCCCCAGCCCAAAUCCACAUAUUACCUGUCCCUGAAACUAAGAUCCAGACCAUGAUCUCAGAUAGCUUGGUUACAGAUACUCAAAAAAAAAAAUCAGCUAAAAGUAAAGGACCACCACCACCUGUUAUGAAGAAGCCAAAAAAUCCUUUUGGUAAAGAUGUUGCACAUGCAAUAGAUAAGCCUCGGCCAUAUUCUGAACUUCUACAGAAAAACAUCAAAACAGGAAGAAGAGAGUCAGCAUUACACUAUGUCACUGAGGAUUUUGACAAGUCCCAUCCAGAUCUAGAAAAACAGGCAAAAAUGAAAGGCCCUCCACCACCAGUACCAAAGAAACCACUAAAUCCAUUUGUCGCCAUUGAGAGAGAUAAUGUCUUACCAAUCAAUGCUUCAAUUUCAAAAGACACAACAGACAUAAUAACAUGUGAAUCUUGUGACUACAAACCAUAUAUGCACAGAGCUGUGCAUGAGGAGGAACCGAAAACAAUUUUUGCUAUAGACAGAGACAAUUUUCCAGUUACUUAUAGCAACUCAAAUACCUUGGAUGAAAAUGUUUUUUUGAGUUUCAGACCAGAACUCAUUAAGCAAACUGAUAAUUCGCAUAAGAAAAGGAUGCAACAAAGCAGCAUAGCUAAUGUUGGAAACUGGGAAAAUAAAGUAUUGGAAAUGCCCAAAACUUCUGAUAUCAAAAAGCCUUUUUCAUGUCAGAUGGAAAGGAUACUGUCACCAAAGAAAGAGAUGAUCAGGCGUGUGGUUCGGCAGAGUAAGUUCCGCCACGUUUUUGGCCAGGUGGUGAAAAAUGAUCAGUGCUAUGAUGACAUCAGGGUGUCACGGGUCACCUGGGACAGCGCUUUCUGUGCUGUCAACCCCAAAUUUGUUGCCAUCAUUGUGGAGGCCAGCGGGGGUGGAGCCUUUAUUGUCCUCCCUCUUCAAAAGACAGGUCGUAUCGAUAAGGCCUACCCAACUGUCUGCGGUCACACAGGCCCUGUGCUGGACAUCGACUGGUGCCCUCACAAUGAUCACAUCAUUGCCAGCGGGUCUGAAGAUUGUACUAUAAUGGUAUGGCAGAUCCCAGAGAACGGACUGACUACUCCACAAUCAGAGCCCGUUGUGGUGUUAGAGGGACACUCCAAGCGGGUUGGCAUCGUGACAUGGCACCCCACAGUCCGUAAUGUCCUCCUCAGUGCUGGAUGUGAUAAUGUGAUUUUGAUCUGGAAUGUGGGCACUGGCGAGGCCCUCAUCACACUGGAUGACAUGCACCCAGACAUGAUCUUCAGCGUGUGCUGGAACCGCAAUGGCAGCCUCAUCUGUACCGCCUGCAAGGACAAGAAAGUGCGCGUCAUUGACCCACGCAAGGCCAAGAUCACUGCAGAGAAGGAUAAAGCUCAUGAGGGUGCACGGCCCAUGAGGGCCAUCUUUCUCGCUGAUGGCAACAUCUUCACCACUGGCUUUAGCCGCAUGAGUGAGAGACAACUGGCCUUAUGGAACUCGAAAAACAUGGAUGAGCCGAUCUCAGUACAUGAGAUGGACACCAGCAAUGGAGUACUACUUCCCUUCUAUGACCCGGACACCAACAUUGUCUAUCUUUGUGGAAAGGGAGACAGCAGCAUCCGCUACUUUGAGAUUACAGAUGAAGCACCAUACGUUCAUUACCUUAACACCUUCUCCAGCAAAGAACCACAGAGGGGCAUGGGCUACAUGCCCAAAAGGGGCCUAGACGUUAAUAAGUGUGAGAUUGCCAGGUUUUAUAAACUUCAUGAGAGGAAGUGUGAGCCAAUUAUCAUGACUGUCCCAAGAAAGUCAGACCUAUUCCAGGAUGAUCUGUAUCCAGACACAGCAGGACCAGAUUGGGCCUUGGAAGCAGAGGAGUGGUUUGAAGGGAAGAACGGUGAUCCUAUCCUAAUUUCCCUCAAACAUGGCUAUGUCCCUGGCAAGAACCGUGACCUCAAGGUGGUCAAAAAGAAUGUUCUGGACAACAAGUCACCCAAGAAGGUGGAGGAGAUGUCAGCUCUUCAAAAGCCUGCCUCUCCUCAGCUCACUAGAAAAAAUGAAGUGAAGUUGGAGGAGCUGCUCCGAGAAGUGAAAUCACUCAGGGACCUGGUGACACUUCAGGACAGGCGAAUUGCCAAACUUGAAGAGCAGGUGGCCAAAGUGGUAAUUUGAGGUGCUGCUACAGGUCUGAGUCAACAUCUUCGUAUAUGAAGAGAUACAUUUCAGAGGGCCAGUCACUGCCAAAAAAAAUCGCAAUUCAACUUGAUCAUUCCUCUUGGUGUUUUUUCUUGUGACUAUGACUUGAAGCAACAUUCCAAUAUGGACGUUUUCAUCUUGCCUCCCCUGAGCAUUCAUUAGAAUAGAAAAAAAAGAGAUGAAUUUUGCUCUGUGUUGUGUUUUUUGAUGGUCUAGUGGGUUUAACUGAUAAUAUUUAAAAUUUUUAGAUUUAAUGAUUUUCAUCCUUUUUUGGUUUUUUAAAAUUGUGAUCCUUUGAAUUUUUGCAUCAAGUGCCAAGUCCCCUAGUGUUUUCUGUGAGUGUAUCAGUAUUACUGUUCUUUUCAUUCUUUGUGCUGCCAAUUGUGAGGGUGCACUUGACCUGCCUAUUGUUUUGCUUUUAUUUUAAUUCUUUUUCUGGCUGAAUUUUACACUGUCUAUUAAUCUUUUCAAGACUGGAGAUUAAGAAGUUUUAGCCUCUCUCUGUGCACCUUGGCUAUAGUGGUUAAAAGGUUAUAUGACUGUGUCACAGAAAUUAAUCAGAUAAAAAAAAAAAAAGACCUAGCACUGCAGGUAAAAGCAGCACUGAACAGCAUGGUGCCUAAUUGAGAAGCACUCUCCAUACACCACGAUUUCUGAUUAAUUCCCUGCUGGUCACUGAAGUGGAUUUCUAUUCCACGCUAAUUAUAAUAAAUGCAUUACACUUAGAUGAUUUUGAUAUAUUUAUCAAGUUCUCCAAAAGCAAUAAAGCAAAGGUGUUCGAGUGAGAAUGUAAUUUUUUUUCACUGAUCUAUCUCUAAUCAGUAGUUGUUUUUUACUGAUAGGACUCCCAGCAGUUCAUUUGACUAAUAACUUAUACAUAAAGGUAUCAUAUGAAAGUAAAGCUAUAAUCAUUAGGGAUAAAUUCAUACAUUUAAAAUCUAUAUCCUGAAUUUAUAUAUUUCUGUAAAGUUACUUUGGGAAAAUGCCCAUUAUUAAAAGCACUAUACAAUAAAGCUGAAUUGAAUUGA